AUGGUUAUGAGCAUGAUGCUAGCUAGUGCUGCGAGGGAGAUCUACCGCGCUAAACUUUACGAUGCGGAGACUACUCCCCUUGAUUCUUUGUCAAGCAUUGAUCAAUCAGAUCUGGAUGGCAGAGUCCAUUACGGUCGAGCUUUGUCGAGUCUCAGGGAGGCUCUCAAGCAGGAAGUAAAAUCUCCUCAACAAAUUGAGGCCAUAUUCAUUACGCUUUGGCUGAUGAUAGACUACGAAAACCGCUUUGGUAGUGGUGCAUCUGCCAUCAAUAUACAUAUCCGGGGAAUUGAGACACUUCUCCACAACCACAUUGUCCCUUUACUCCAGUGCCACGCACGCCCGCCUGCCAUCCUGGACAGUCCGGUCCCCUUGCAGCAAUCGGAGACCCAGCCAGACGCCACGACACUCGGUGAAUAUGCGGGUGAUGCAGACUCUGCUCCCAUUGCUCCGACCGCGGCCCCAACCCACGGAUUGGGCAGCACAUGUGUGCCUCUCUACCUUCUUUGGACUUUGUAUUUCUUUACACCUGCAGCCCUUUUCUUUGGAUCAGGCACAGCUCGGCUGGACACCGACAUCUUUCGAUUUUUCUUAAAAUCCGAGACCGGGAAUACUGCUCUUAGCUUACCGGAGCUCUACAGGCUGAGUAGACAGUCUCCUGCGCGGUUUUGGGGCGACAGAUACCCCAUCUCGUCCCAACUUGACGAUUCAGAGAAUCUUCCGGGACUGACACUUUAUCACCGUAGCCAUGUGGUUCAGUUCAAAAUUACUGAAUUGUUCAGACAUAGUGCAGGACCAGAAACAAUUUUUGGAGAAGGUUCUCCAUAUCAAAAAAUUGUUAAGGAGAUAAACACGCUUUCUAUCGAAUAUGACACUAUCCUGACUUUAGCCAAAAGAUCCCCCUCUUGCGAUGUCGCUGGCGAUCGCCGCGUGAUGGAAACCAUAUUUUGGUCUGCCAUAACAUUCUAUGGCACAAUAGUCUAUUUCCACCUCUGCUUCGAGGAUAUCCUCAAAGAUCAACCGGAUCUACAAAACAGCGAACGAGAUAUACUCCCAUUAAACACGACCGUAUCCCAAGUCCUUGAAUUAAGUCUGAAAAUGCACCGAAGCCGACCAAGACUCCUAGUCCGAAUAACAUGGCCUUUGUUCAUUGCGGGUAUUGCAACAUCGGACCGUAUAUACCAGGAUUGGGUGUCAAUUCGGCUACGCGAGCUUGGGAGAUACGGUCAGAAUUAUGAACGAAUCAGUCGCCGUUUUGAUGAGAUUAGCCAAGGAGGCCAAUCUUAUUUUCACGAGCGAAGAGGACAUUACUAUAUAGGGACUUAA